UGAUGUAACCCUAUGGGAUUUAGGCCCUCACCAAGCUGAAACCCUAAGUGCACGGAAGAAAUUUUUGAUAUUCAGCCCAAUAGUCAAACUGAUUAAAUCAAAAGCCAUGCACAAAACUACCUCCCCAGAGAAAGACUGGUCCCUUUUCCUCCCCAUCCAUUUUACUAUGAAUAUAGUAGAAAAUAGCAUCUUCUUAUCAAAUUUGAUGAAAAGUGCCAAUAUGUUUGAACUGAAGUACGACCUUUCCUGUGAGCUCUACCGGAUGUCCACGUACUCGGCUUUUCCCAGCGGCGUACCUGUCUCGGAAAGGAGUCUCGCUCGCGCUGGCUUCUAUUACACUGGUGUGAAUGACCGAGUCAAGUGCUUCUCUUGUGGGCUGAUGCUGGAUAACUGGAAACGGGGAGACAGUCCGAUGGAAAAGCAUAAGAAGUUGUACCCCAGUUGCAGCUUUGUGCAGAAUUUAACCUCAGUUAACACUUUGGAAGCUACCUCUCAGCCUUCUGUUUCUUCUUCAGUAACAAAUCCCACGCAUUCAUCACUUCCAAGUUUGGAAAACAGUGGGUAUUUCAGUGGCUCUUACUCAAGUUUUCCAUCAAGUCCUGUAAACUUCAGAGCAAAUCAAGACUUUUCUGCCUUGAGGACAAGUCCCUAUCAUUGUACAAUGAGUACUGAAAAAGCCAGAUUGCUCACUUACCAAAUGUGGCCGUUGACUUUCCUGUCCCCUACGGAUCUGGCCAAGGCAGGCUUUUAUUACAUAGGACCUGGGGACCGAGUGGCCUGCUUUGCCUGUGGCGGAAAGCUGAGCAAUUGGGAACCAAAGGAUGAUGCUAUGUCAGAGCACCGGAGGCAUUUUCCCAACUGCCCUUUCUUAGGGAAUCAGCUUCAGAACACUUCGAGGUUCACCGUUUCUAAUCUAAGCAUGCAGACGCAUGCUGCCCGCUUUGGGACGUUCUCUACCUGGCCUUCAAGUGUGCUAGUCCAUCCGGAGCAGCUUGCCAGUGCAGGCUUCUAUUAUGUGGGGCACAGCGAUGAUGUCAAGUGCUUCUGCUGUGAUGGCGGGCUGAGGUGUUGGGAGCUGGGAGACGACCCAUGGGUGGAGCACGCCAAGUGGUUUCCCAGGUGUGAGUACUUGAUAAGGAUUAAAGGACAAGAAUUCAUCAGUCAAGUUCAAGCCAUUUAUCCUCAUCUGCUUGAACAGCUGUUGUCCACAUCAGACACCCCAGAAGAUGAAAAUGCGGAGUCACCAAUUGUUCAUUUUGGGCCUGGAGAGAACCAGCCGGAAGAUGCCGUCAUGAUGAAUACGCCUGUUGUAAAAGCCGCUCUGGAAAUGGGCUUUAGUAGACACCUGGUAAAGCAGACGGUUCAGAGUAAAAUCCUGACCGCUGGAGACAAUUACAAAACCAUCAGUGAUCUUGUGCUAGAUUUACUUAAUGCAGAAGAUGAAAUGAGGGAAGAGGCAAAAGAAAGAGCAGCCGAGGAAAAGGAAUCAGAAGAUCUAUCAUUAAUCCGGAAGAAUAGAAUGGCACUUUUUCAACAUUUGACUUCUGUAAUUCCAGUACUAAACAGCCUACUAGAUGCAGGAGUCAUUAGUGAACAGGAACAUGAUGUUAUCAAGCAGAAAACGCAGGCCUCUUUACAGGCAAGGGAACUCAUUGAUACUAUUUUAGUAAAAGGAAAUGUUGCUGCCACGGUAUUCAAAAACUCUCUACAAGAAAUGGACCCAAAGUUAUACAAGCAUUUAUUUGUACAACAAGACAUAAAGUAUAUUGUAACAGAAGAUAUUUCAGCUUUACCGAUGGAAGAGCAGCUGAGGAGACUCCAGGAAGAGAGGACCUGUAAAGUGUGCAUGGACAAGGAGGUGUCCGUGGUGUUCAUUCCCUGUGGCCAUCUGGUGGUGUGCAGAGACUGUGCCCCCUCUUUGAGAAAGUGCCCCAUUUGUAGGAGUACAAUCAAGGGUACAGUGCGUACAUUUCUUUCAUGAAAAAGAACUUUUUUAAAACUAGAAUUAAUGGAUGAUGUGUAUUACAAUUUUAACUUUUAUAGUGACUUGUUUGCUUAAAAACUUUUAUUUAUU